AUGGCCCCCUCUUUCGUCGCACCUCUCAACUUUCUAGACGCACAAAUGCCCGCCUUCGACCCCAUGGCAAUACCCAGGUCCGAGCCACAGCAAUUCACGAGCCGCUCUCCUAGCUCAUCAGGCUCUUCAAACACAAACACGAGUGUCGACAGCACCCAGGUCGGUGCUGUCCACGACGAGCUCUCCCACUUGACCGCUUUCGCCGAAUCCAUGGAGAAGAAGUUUGACGCCGUCGUGCGGCAACGCAUCCGGUACCGAGAUGUCUACACCGAAUUUGGCAUCCCGAUGGACGCAAUCGAAACCCCCACUGCUUCUAGCGCAGCGUUGUCCGACGAAACCUCCAUGGAAGCUCUUCAGAGGGAUCGUGCGGCGGCGGGGCAUGUCCCCAGCCUAGAUCUGAGCGAGAUUUCGUUCUACCACUCUCUUGCGGAAUUGAAGCGGAGGUUGAAGUGGCUCCGAGAGGACGUGGGAAGCCUAGUCCCUCCGUGUAUCUGCUGA